AACAAAUUUUCUGUCGGGCGAUCUGCGCGGCUGCUCGUAAAGUUGAAAAUUUAAACUCCAAUCAGCUGCCCCAAAUUCUGGUUGUUCAAACUGAGUGAGUAUGCGCUCUCCAUCCCAUUCACCAAUGCGUUGGCGAUUUCCUUGAAUUGCAGUGAUAGUUUCUAGGGUUCGCCCCACGCUCCUUUUAUCAAGGUCCCAAUUAAUAAUCAUGUCUAUGAUGCUAUUGAAAUGUAUUUGGGAUAGAUAUUGAAUAGGAUUAAAUUGGUUGGAACAAAUUCCCUGUCUGGAAUCCAAAUGAAGCGUAAGAGGCGACAUAGAGCCGGUGAUGGCAAAGGAAAGGAAAAGAAACUUUCAAAGAUCUCAAAAGAACAAGUCUUGCCUGUCGAUGAAAUGGUCGGUGAUGACAUGGAUCAGAAUGGGAGUGGCAUCCGAGAAGAAGGUUCUCUGAGUUCUAAAAUGGAAAUAGAAUCCCCUUCUUGUGGAGAGAGCAAACCAGACAAACCUGCUAACACAGAUGCUGAGGAAUCACAGGAUAAGCCGGUUAGGCAAUCGGGACAUGCGCGUUUGAGAGUGAAGGUCAAAUCCUCAAAGUCUUAUACACAUUCUCACACUUCUCUUGAGAUGCAAAACCAAAGUGACACAGAUAAGAGCUACGCAUCUUUGAGUUUAGAUAAACAUAAUCGAAGGGACAUGGAUAAGGUAAACCCAUCAUGGGGAUUAGAUAAACAAAACCAAAGUGGCACAAAUAAAAGCAACCCAUCUCGGGGCUUUGAGAAACACUUUGAAGCUCUUGAAAAAUCAGAGGAAAAUACCAACUUGCCAAAUGAUGUAGGGAAAAACAACUUGGAAAAGCCUUCAAGGAAAGCAGGGAGCAUCAAAAUAAAGUCAUCGAGGAAGUUGGGUCCCCCAAGUGGAAAUCUUCUAGACAAAGAUAUUGAUAUAGCAUUUAGUCCUCAAUCACAGUCUGUUAGUGAAAAUACAGAGCCAUUUGAUUCAUCUAUGCCUGGAGAAUUGUGUCAAAGUGAAAGAAUGCAAACCAUGGAGAGGCAUAAGGAUCAUAGCUACAACCAAAAGGAACUUGGUGUUGCACUAGCGGUAUUAAAAAAAGUCAUGAAAAUGGAAGCAGCAGAGCCCUUUAAUAUUCCUGUGAAUGCAGAGGCCUUGGGAAUCCCUGAUUAUUUUGAUGUUAUAAAGACUCCCAUGGACUUUGGCACAAUAUGCGACAGUCUCGAACAGGGGACUAAGUACAUGAAUUCGCAAGAUGUUUUUAAAGAUGUGCAGAUUAUUUGGGAUAACUGCUAUAGAUACAACAGUAAGGGUGAUUAUAUAUUGGAUCUCAUGAAACGAGUGAAAAAGAGUUUCACAAAAUACUGGGCGGCAGCUGGGUUGUCUUGUGAACGGACAAAGAGGGUUACUGAUUCUUCACUCGAUCGAGGAUAUAGUGCAAUGGAAGUUUCACACCAAGAAGACGAAAAUGGAUUUGACAAAAUUUCUGAAGAGAAUGAGAGCAAAAAGACUGAUAUAUUGGGUGAUUGUCCAUCCAGUGUUGAGGAUGUGGGUCCAUCGAGUAAGGAAAAAACACAGCUGAAAGGGAAUUCAUCAAAAUCAAAAGCACGUCGUCGUUAUGGAAUCAGCCAUCACAAAGUAGAUUGCUUAUGUGCUGUUUGUGUUAUGAAGCGUCGUCGACAGGAACGUGAGGGAAAUCGUCAAUCUGCGGUCCCUGGAACUCCUGAUCAUCUGCCCGAAGAGUCCAACAAAGUGAAAAUCAAGUCUUUGGAUAAGCAAAGCUUUGAGAAGGCAUCAUCAAACAUAGAAAACUCGUUGGAUCAUGAAUUAGAUGCCGAACAAGAAGUGAAAAUUGAGUCGUCCAAGCGCAAAGAAGAGGAAGACCUACAAAAGAAUCAGGGGUUGCAUAAGAAUUAUGACCAAGUGGAUUCACCUAAGCAGUUACGACUUGAAAAAGUUCAACAAGAAUUUAUACAGCAGAGCCUACCUGAAAGGCAAGAGGAUUCGGAUCAUCAACUAUGCAUCAGAACUGUGCAGCAAGCAGAAGCAGCAGCUGUUGCAGUAGAACAGAGAGAGAAGCAACAAGAGGAAGUUCCUAAGAGCUCGUCAAAUCACUUAGAUUGGCAACAUGUGAGCUCCUUUUUCACUGUAAAUCCUAAGAUUCUCCACAUGGGUGGGCUUCUCUUCUCUAGGGACCCAAAGUCUGUAUGGAACGGUCCCCACUCUCUGGUGCCCCGCCAGGCAGCAGCCUCCGGAAGUGCCAUACAUGCUGCCAUUGCCAAGUUCAUGGAAUAGCAGAGUAUGGAACGUAACCAAUCCCAUGCUCUAUAAAUUACUAUAGUUUGUGCCUUGAUUCAUAAAGGAAAGGAGGACGAUAACUACAAAAUGGAUGCCUAAAAACAAUGCACGGAUGGGGGGUAUUGGCUUUUCGCUCUUUCUCUAGUGAUCAUUGUGGGGUUUCUGGAUGGUUUUCUGCAGGGAGGUUAUUGGAACUUGUGCCAUUUCAGCAUGAUAUUACUUGUAUACAAUGGUUUAAAAAA